UACGGGUGUGGGAAAAACACACUGGCGAGCAAAUUGACAGCAGCAGCAUUUGCUAGUCUGUUAGCAACAUACAUGUGGAGGGAACAGCACCGAGAGUUGCUCGUAGCCCAAAGUUAGCACAAAUUUCCCUUUCUUUCGUAUUUGGACAACAUUACGACGACCUCGGUGAUUUUUAAACCACGAAUAAGUUGAGAUAAAGAUGAAAGGCCGGAUCGAGCUGGGGGACGUCACCCCCCACAACAUUAAACAGUUGAAGCGUCUCAACCAAGUCAUCUUCCCUGUCAGUUACAACGACAAGUUCUACAAAGAUGUGCUGGAAGUAGGAGAGCUCGCUAAGCUAGCGUACUUCAACGACAUCGCCGUGGGAGCCGUGUGCUGUCGAGUGGAUCACUCUCAGAACCAGAAGAGAUUGUACAUCAUGACACUUGGCUGCCUCGCACCCUACCGCAGACUGGGCAUAGGAACAAAGAUGCUGAACCAUGUGUUGAACAUCUGUGAGAAGGACGGCACAUUUGACAACAUUUACCUUCACGUGCAGAUCAGCAAUGAAUCUGCAAUUGACUUCUACCAGAAGUUUGGUUUUGAGAUCAUUGAAACAAAAAAGAACUAUUAUAAGAGGAUCGAGCCGGCAGACGCCCACGUUCUCCAGAAGAGCCUGCGGAGCCCGUGUGAGCCCCCAGCAGGAGACCUGCAGAAGGUUGAAUAGGAGCCGGAGCACGCUGGAGAGAUGGAUCUCGGCCCCGUAUUCACGAAGUGGAACUGUGACCGAUGCCCCAGGGCCUGUAGAUACACCACUUUUUUCGGAGGGCAGUUUAAUGAGAAAAACGAGUUCAUGACAAAUUGCUGAAUUUUUAUUUUUCAAAAAACAAAACUCAGUCCCCAUCAGUUUGCAUUUCUUUUUUUUUCUUUUCUUUUUUCUUUUGUCAUGUAGAGAGUUGAAAUUAGACACAAGGGUUUUUUUUCCAGGCAGAAUACAUAAGUGCUCCAAAAAGCUGCUUACUUGUUACAGAGUAGACACGGUGAAGGUUAACUAUGUAAGCAUAUCGUUCAGUUUGUUAAAUCGUUAAUGGCAAGGGGACACAACGUUGUUGUUGUUUGAACAAGGCGAUAGCUAUUUUAAAAAUAGGACUGUUGUUUUUGGUGAGAGCUGGUCCUGGCUGGCAGCAUUGGACGCCACACUACAGAUCGUCUCCGUGACCUCCGGACCUCACAUCACCUUGCCACCUGAGCCCAGGGAUGCAGAUGUGUUCAAUUUUACAGAAUGCAGGGGGGGAAUAUUGCACGUGAUGUAGUGUCUCUUUGCUGUGCGAAUCUCACCGAUCUGCCUCGCACAGGAUCUUCUCGCCCCCUCAAGCCAGCGUGAACACGGUCAAUCGGUUUGAGAGUGAGAGAUCAGGUGUGGGUGUGUAGGAGUGAACUCCACUCCUGUUUCUGAAUGUCUUUGCUUCUCUGCCCAUUAUUUAAAGUCCCCUUUAGAUUUUUUGUUUUGCAUAAUUGCUGGUUGGUUCAUGGCUUUUCCUGGGGUGCUGUUGAUGCGUCAGAUUUGAGAAAAGACUGUAAGUGCCAGUUAUGGAGAGGAGGUAUGCUGUUGGUCCAGUUACCCCAGAAUAUGAGACACUUUUAACAUAGCACGUGGCUUUUCUACACACUCACCUUCCACGUGCAAGAAAUUGAUUUUAACUUAUUUUGAGAUCCUUUUUUCCAAGAACAAACUGAUCUCAGAUGGUGGAAAAAGACAAGUACUACAGUGUGAAAUACACUUUUAUUUGUUAAUUUAACAAACCACAUUGAUGUGAGCUCACAUAAUGACAUAAUGUAACCGUCAACAUGGUUUAUUCAGUAGUACAUGUGAUUGUAUAAUAUUGGGGUUAUGCACAGGAAAACUGCAACCGUUAUCAUUUUUCUUGAAUGGUUUCAUGCUGAAUUUUGUCCUCCAUGUGUCUACACACAAAUGGCAUUUUGUUUUGCAUAUUUGUAAGUGUGGAUUGAUAUAUAUUUCAGCAGUCUCCUCUUCGGCACACUGGCAGCUAUAAACAUACCCACAACAUGUUGCUAUCAUUUCAGUGAUGUUCACUGACAAAAAAAAACAACUUUGUUUUUUUUUUUAUGCGCUGUGGGUUUGGCGUAGUUUGGUUAUAGAGGUUCCUUAUGCUGAACUUGGAUUUGCAGGCCAGACCCCAGGGGAAGCCUUGACACUGCAUGCCAAGAGGGAUGUGCCCUUUCCAUUGUAGUACAAGCAUGUUUUCUUUCUUUCUUUGGAAAAUUUUGUCUUUUCUGGAGCUCUAUAUUGUAAAACUUUUAAAACCUCUAAAUAAAAUACUAUUUGCAUUA